CGCCGCCGCCGCGGGCGGGCACUCUGCGCUCGGGCAGCCCCCGGCCCGCGCCUCCCGCCGCGCCGGCUGCUCCGGCCGCCGCCCGCUUUCCGCUCCGAGAGCCGCGAUCGGCCGGCGAGGGGAGCCGGGGCGCGGGCUUCUGCGCUGCCGCCGGCGCCGAGCCCGCGAUGGAAUAAUGCCCAGCGGCCCGCCCGGUCCCGGUAAUUUUCUGAUGUGACGGCUGAGACAUGAGAUCUUCAGCCUCCAGGCUCUCCAGUUUUUCAUCAAGAGAUUCACUAUGGAAUCGGAUGCCGGACCAGAUCUCCGUCUCCGAGUUCAUCGCCGAGACCACCGAGGACUACAACUCGCCCACCACGUCCAGCUUCACCACGCGGCUGCACAACUGCAGGAACACCGUCACGCAGCUGGAAGAGGCUCUAGACCAAGAUAGAACAGCCUUACAGAAAGUUAAGAAGUCUGUAAAAGCAAUAUACAAUUCCGGUCAAGAUCAUGUACAAAAUGAAGAAAACUAUGCACAAGUUCUUGAUAAGUUUGGGAGUAAUUUUUUAAGUCGAGACAACCCAGAUCUCGGCACCGCCUUUGUCAAGUUUUCUACUCUCACAAAGGAACUGUCCACACUGCUGAAAAAUCUGCUCCAGGGCCUGAGCCACAAUGUGAUCUUCACCUUGGAUUCCUUGUUGAAAGGAGACCUGAAGGGAGUCAAAGGAGAUCUCAAGAAGCCAUUUGACAAAGCUUGGAAAGAUUAUGAGACAAAGUUUACAAAAAUCGAGAAGGAGAAAAGGGAGCACGCCAAACAGCACGGGAUGAUACGCACGGAGAUCACCGGGGCCGAGAUCGCAGAAGAAAUGGAGAAGGAGAGACGCCUCUUUCAGCUCCAGAUGUGCGAGUAUCUCAUUAAAGUUAAUGAAAUCAAGACCAAAAAGGGUGUGGAUCUGCUGCAGAAUCUGAUAAAGUAUUAUCACGCACAGUGCAAUUUCUUUCAAGAUGGCUUGAAAACAGCUGAUAAAUUGAAACAGUACAUUGAAAAACUGGCUGCUGAUUUAUAUAAUAUAAAACAGACCCAGGAUGAAGAAAAGAAACAGCUGACUGCACUCCGAGACUUAAUAAAAUCCUCCCUUCAACUCGAUCAGAAAGAAGAUUCCCAGAGCCGGCAGGGAGGAUACAGCAUGCACCAGCUCCAGGGCAACAAGGAGUAUGGCAGUGAGAAGAAGGGGUACCUGCUGAAGAAAAGCGAUGGGAUCCGGAAAGUGUGGCAGAGAAGGAAGUGCUCAGUCAAGAACGGGAUCCUGACCAUCUGCCACGCCACAUCUAACAGGCAGCCUGCCAAGUUGAACCUUCUCACCUGUCAGGUGAAACCGAAUGCCGAGGACAAGAAGUCUUUUGACCUGAUAUCACAUAAUAGGACGUAUCACUUCCAGGCAGAAGAUGAGCAGGAUUACGUAGCGUGGAUAUCAGUCCUGACGAACAGCAAAGAAGAGGCCCUCACCAUGGCCUUCCGUGGAGAGCAGAGCACGGGGGAGAACAGCUUGGAGGACCUGACGAAAGCCAUCAUCGAGGACGUCCAGCGGCUCCCGGGGAACGACAUGUGCUGCGACUGUGGCUCGUCAGAACCCACCUGGCUUUCAACCAACUUGGGGAUUUUGACCUGUAUAGAAUGUUCUGGCAUCCACAGGGAAAUGGGGGUUCAUAUCUCUCGCAUUCAGUCUUUGGAACUAGACAAACUAGGAACUUCUGAACUCUUGCUGGCCAAGAACGUAGGAAACAAUAGUUUUAAUGACAUUAUGGAAGCAAACUUACCCAGCCCCUCACCGAAACCCACCCCUUCAAGUGAUAUGACCGUACGGAAGGAAUAUAUCACUGCAAAGUAUGUAGAUCAUAGAUUUUCACGGAAGACCUGUUCAUCUUCAUCAGCUAAACUGAACGAAUUGCUUGAGGCCAUCAAAUCCAGGGAUUUACUUGCACUAAUUCAAGUCUAUGCAGAGGGGGUAGAGCUAAUGGAACCGCUGCUGGAACCCGGACAGGAGCUUGGGGAGACAGCCCUUCAUCUUGCAGUCCGAACUGCAGACCAGACAUCUCUCCAUUUGGUUGACUUCCUUGUACAAAACUGUGGGAACCUGGAUAAGCAGACAGCCCUGGGGAACACGGCUCUGCAUUACUGCAGUAUGUAUGGUAAACCUGAGUGUUUGAAGCUGCUUCUCAGGAGCAAGCCCACUGUGGAUGUCGUUAACCAGGCUGGAGAGACUGCCCUUGACAUAGCAAAGAGACUGAAGGCCACCCAGUGUGAAGAUCUGCUUUCCCAGGCGAAAUCUGGAAAGUUCAAUCCACAUGUCCACGUAGAAUAUGAGUGGAACCUUCGACAGGAGGAGAUGGACGAAAGCGAUGAUGAGCUGGACGACAAACCGAGCCCCAUCAAGAAGGAGCGCUCGCCCAGACCUCAGAGCUUCUGCCACUCCUCCAGCCUCUCCCCCCAGGACAAGCUCUCGCUGCCAGGCUUCAGCACCCCGCGGGACAAGCAGCGGCUCUCCUACGGCGCCUUCACCAACCAGAUCUUCGUCUCCACAAGCACAGACUCGCCCACGUCACCAACUGCAGAGGCGCCCCCGCUGCCGCCUAGAAACGCCGUGAAAGGUCCAACGGGCCCACCUUCAACACUCCCUCUAAGCACCCAGACCUCUAGUGGCAGCUCCACCCUGUCCAAGAAGAGGCCUCCUCCCCCACCACCCGGACACAAGCGAACCCUAUCCGACCCUCCCAGCCCACUACCUCACGGGCCCCCAAACAAAGGCGCAGUUCCUUGGGGUAACGACGUGGGUCCAUCUUCGUCAAGUAAGACCGCUAACAAGUUCGAGGGCCUGUCCCAGCAGUCAAGCACCGGUUCUGCAAAGACUACCCUUGGCCCAAGAGUUCUUCCUAAACUACCUCAGAAAGUGGCACUAAGGAAAACAGAGACCAGCCAUCAUCUCUCCCUCGACAAAGCCAGCGUCCCGCCCGAAAUCUUCCAGAAGUCGUCACAGCUGGCAGAGUUACCGCAGAAGCCGCCGCCCGGAGACCUGCCCCCGAAGCCCACGGAACUGGCUCCCAAACCCCCCAUCGGGGACUUGCCACCUAAGCCGGGAGAGCUGCCCCCCAAGCCGCAGCUCGCAGACUUGCCACCUAAGCCGCAGGUGAAGGACCUGCCGCCCAAGCCGCCGCUGGGAGACCUGCUGGCCAAACCCCAGACGGGAGAGGCCUCGCCCAAGGCCCCGCCGCCCCCGGAGCUCAUCCCCAAGUCACGCCCGGCCGACCUCUCCCCGAAUGUCCCGAAGCAGGCGUCCGAGGACUCCAGUGAUCUCACGCCCACCCUGCCGGAGACGCCCGUGCCGCUGCCCAGGAAGAUCAACACGGGGAAGAGCAAGGUGAGGCGCGUGAAGACUAUCUACGACUGCCAGGCAGACAACGACGAUGAGCUGACCUUCACGGAGGGCGAGGUGAUCGUGGUCACCGGGGAGGAGGACCAGGAGUGGUGGAUCGGGCACAUCGAAGGGCAGCCCGAGCGGAAGGGGGUCUUCCCAGUGUCCUUUGUCCACAUCCUGUCUGACUAGCAGGAAGCAGAACCUUCAGACCGUCCGCACCCGUCAUGCCUGACUGCCGCCUCCACGUGGCCCUGUGCUCACCGUGUAUAUAGCUGCUGUUACCGAGCGGGAGGCUCCUGGAGGGGCCGCCCUGGGAGGGGAACGUAGCGUGUGUUGUAAAUAUCCUGUGGUCUCUGCCUUCGCCAGUAUUAGGGUAGCCUUGGGACCCGGUGCGCCUUACUGGUUUGCCAAAGCCAUCCUUGGCAUCUAGCACUUACAUCUCUCUCUAUGCUGUUUUCCAAGCAAACAAACAAAAACAGGAAUAUAGGAACUGCUGGCUUUGCAAGUAGAAGUGGUCUCCAGCAACCGUUGAAGGGCAUAGAAUUGCCUCUGUGUUCCUAACAAUACAGUAUUCUCCAUUGUGUUACUGAAAAUGCAACAUUAGCAAAGAGGUGGGUUCUGUUUUCCAGGUGAAACUUUCAGCUCCAUGACAGACCAGCCUGUAGUUAUUCGUGUACACAGUUUACAGCUACAAAAACCGACUUCGGUAUUUAUUACAGAAAAGUGCUCAGUUAAACGUGUUACUCCUUCAGCAAAAUAUCCCCUGACCCAAAACCUUGGGUGGCAUUUUGCAAUGCCCACAACCUCAUGCAGGUUUAGACAAGUGGGUUUAUACUGUCUUAAAAGCAUGAGUGCCCGCCCCUGAGAUAUUACCUCAUUAUGCAAAAAUAACAUCUCCUUCAUGACUAUUUUCACAGACGUUUAAGACACAUCUGAUGAAGUUCAACUUUCAGGAACCAAGGACUGCCAGAAAAUAUUAGCCUCUACAUUAUGCAUGCAUUUAGAAGCUUACCUGAAAUCUGCCUUUUAUAAAGGAAUAGUAUGGCUAAGUUGAACUGUACAUUUUUUAAACUUGAUUGCCAUUAAAGCAGAAAUUAUAAGGUUGCAACAGUGUUUGUUUCCAGUCAGUCAUUUGGCUUUCUCAAGAGUAUCAAUUUCCAUAUCACAUGAAUUAGUACCCUUCAAAUAUGUUAGCGCCCCAAUGUUGUCAGUUUUAAAUUCUUUUCGUAGUUUUGUUCUUGAUAAAUUUAAACUUUCAAAAGAUUAUUCAAGAAGAUGACAAAUUCAAAAGUCAGUUCUGCACACCUUUUCUACCCCCUGCAGAAUCCAGGUGCUGAAACCAGCCUUGUUUUUUUCCAUUCUCUUUCCUAAACCCCCAAUCACAGAUAAGUUUUUCCAAUCUCCAGCUCUGUUCAAUAGACACGUUACCUUCAAGUCAAUUCAUAACCAAGUUUUUGAACGCUGCUAUGAAUUGCACUGUGAAACACGCUCUUCCUGCCGGGAGUCUCUGCCCCUCUCGGUUUUCUUCUCUUCCCAGCCGUGUUCAUCAGACCAUUAAGAGUAUCGUGAGUUUUUUCGUCUUUUCCGUCAGUCUGAAUUUUGGGAAAGAAUACAGUCAUUUCACUCCACAGUCAGUGGGGCUGCUCUCUGAUUCCGAGGCUCGUGUGUCGUUCUGGCAUUAAAUUUGCUUAAACUGCUAUGUUGGCAACAGCACAGAAAACUAAUAUUUUUAAGCAGAUAAUCUUGGCAAUGAGUGAGAAAUGUUCAUUUCACAGAAGCACAACUCCCAAUGAAACUCUUAGGGAAAGCCCUCUUUAAUAGAGUCACAGUGCUCAGUGAAUAUUAAUUUAGUUCUGCUUAAGUGAUUACUAUGAAAACUUUGAAUAGCCACCUAGUCAAUAAGCCUUGCAUGACAAACCUGCAACGUAUCUUAUCAGCUGUUAUUGGAAAGUGAUUUGAGGCAAUUGCUUCCUCAGCGUCAUGGUACACGUGAACCCACACGGAACGAGACACCCGGAGCCAGCGACAUGCUGGUGCGUGUGGCCGACAGCGUUAGCAGUAUUUAAGCCACAUGAGUGUCAAGCCAGGAAGUCACUGUCCGAUGUUAUUUAGUGUCCCAGUUCGUUCACUUACACUUCCUAAGUCGCAUUGAAGCACCGUUCAUUUUUGUGGCCUACAGUAUUUUCUACUGAUCUCAAAAUAAACUGGCUUUUAAAAAACACAAAAGCUAGACGUCUAAAAUUCCAUGGAGCCCUGUCUAUUUUUUUUCCCUCUUUUGGAGUGACUUUUACACAAAUGCAUUUUUUUAACCCUUUUGGGUGUUGGUUUUUUUUGUUUUGUUUUUUCUUUUUUCUGGUUUUGUUUUUGUUUUCCAUCAGGAAUCUGAGUUCUCUCUAACCCAGCUUACUGUGGGACAUAGGAAAGCUAGGUAUACGUACCUUGGGUGACCUUGGUUGAGUUUGAAUCUGGUAUUGUUCUUAAACUCAGUGAGCCACUAUCUGCAAUUUUGUACAUGAUAUAGAGUAUUUUGAAGGUAUGGAACCUUAUGGAAAAAAUAGCUAAUUAGUUCUUUUUGCCCCCCAGAGGGCAAAGUUAUGUUCUGCAAAUAGUGUGUGUCUUAUUUUACUGUUGAACAGCAAUUGCUAUUUAUUUUUUUAUUGCCUAGAACUUCCACAUGUUGUAUAGGAAUCCCAUAGCACCACAAGUUAAAGUCCAAAUCCUCAUCUGGAUGUUAUGCUCAAACAUCAGUACAACUCGUCAUUUCACAUGUAUUUAAUGUGACAGUUUUUCAGUACUGUAUGUGUUAAUUUCUACUUUUUUUAAUAUUUAAAAUUGCUUUUAAAUAAACAUAUUCUCAGUUG